AUGGUACAAGAAGAUCUAACCGAACUUAUCAGGAAGUUUGAUUUUAAGGAAAAGAAUCCAAAAUUACAGAGCACUAUAACAGCAUGUUACAAGAAACUACUAGCUGAAGGGAAUGACCCACAUAAAGCUAGACAAAUUAUAUUCGGGGAUCUUGUGAAAGAGGAGAAAUAUGAUCUUCUGUGUUACGUGUUCCAAAAACUAUUCAAUGACAGUAAAGAAUCAGCUACAGUGGAGCCCGAUAUUAUAAUGUUCGUCCUUUAUGCCGUAUAUAAAUCGAAGAAGCUUGGUUCGGAUCCUGAAACUACUAAAGUCGUUGACUUCGACAAGUAUCUUUCCGUUGCUGACAAUUACGCCUCAAAGGAUUCGAUCUCUGAACUAGAGAGACAAGUAUUACACAUUGUUGCCCAAGACGCUUGGAAGCAAAAAAACCCUGAGAAGGCAUUUGGCAUAUACAAGAAAUUACUUGAAAUUCCAAACGACUUGGAUAACACCUUUGAAUUGCUUUGUAACAAAUAUGCUGCAUUGUCAGCUAUUCCAUACUUUUCAGAAGUGAAAGAAGAUAUCUCCACAGUCGGUGAAAAUGAUACUUAUGACAUUUUGUACAACAAAGCACUAGGAUUAUGUCAAUUGAGAGAUUAUAAUGCUGCUUUAGCGGUCUCUACCAAUGCAUUGGAACUCGCACAAAAGGAGGAAGCUGACUUAGAUGAUCAGAGAUCAAUCAAGUUGCAAUUAUCAUACAUUCACCAACUUAUAGGCCAAUAUGAAGAAGCCAAGACACUAUUAAAAGAUGUCUUAGAUAGCUCAAUCGAUAAAAGUGAUAUGCUCUAUCAUAUUGCAAAGCUCAAUUUAAAGUCAUUUACUGACUUUUCUAAGUUCAAAGACAAUAUGCCUUUGAUAUUGCGCGAAAUAGAAGCCAAUCACUUGGUUGGUUCUUACAAUGAACUAUCAAAACAGCAAUUCGAUGUGGUUUCAAAUAAUAUCGAAUCAUUGAAGCUCUUCAGCAAUGGUACGAUUAACAGAUCUACCUUACCUCAUUCGAUUGCUAAUAAAUUCUACUCAAAAAAUGUCAACAACGUUGUACUUGAACCUUACGAGGAUCAAGCGGAAGCCUUGUCCAAGAAAUUAGACAAGUACCUUGUGAGUGGAACAAAAGAUAGUAAGACUUUGCUCAUUUAUUCAUUGGUUUGUAUUCAAUUGCUCGUUAAGGCAAAAAACUUGGAUAAGGCAAUAUCAAGAGCCGAAAAGAUUUGGAACCACUUCCCUAGAGAUGAAUUAUCAAAGGAGAAACGUGUCAUUUCUUAUAUCCUACUAAAAUUGUAUGACGAACAAAAUAGAUCACAUUCGACGUCAAAACACAUCGAAAAGUUGCACAAGCUCUUUACUGAGGAGUCAUUGAAAGAAGAUCCGUUAUUCUGGGAAUUUAUUGGAUUUAAACUACUAGAGCAAGGGAGAAUCCCCGAUGCUGAACGUAUGUUCAGAGGUUAUGCUGAAAUUAAUCCAAACUCAGCCUCAGCAAAAUACAUGAAAGAACUUGCUUCCGCUGAUAUUUUGAAUACUGAUAUCGAUAAAAUUAUUGGGGAUGUCGAUGUUGAAACCAUUAUAAGUUCGGGAAUAUCAGUUUUCGAAAAGAGCAAAUCUAAGACAACUGCUAUUAGACCUACUCCAAAGAAGAAGAGACGUGUUCAUAAGAACAAGAAACUUCCAAAGAGCUACGAUGAAAAUAAGAAGCCAGACCCUGAAAGAUGGUUACCUUUGAAAGAAAGAUCUACCUACAGAGUCAGUAAAAAGAACAUUGGUAAGAAUACUCAAGGCUCAAAGACAUCAAAAGCCAGUGAGGCCAAGUUGGAUAUAACGAAGAAGGCAGCAAAAAAGACGAAUAAAUCUUCCAAAAGCAAGUCUAACCGCAGACACUAA